AUGUGGUACUCUACUACUUCGAUGGUUCUUCCUAGGCUUGGAUCCGAUCAUUCCCCUAUUCUGUUGAGAUGCCAGGACACGGCUACUCCUCCCAAGGGACGUCGAUUUCGUUUCCUGAAUAUGUGGUGUUCGCAUGAGGGGUUUCUGGAUCAGGUUCGUGCUUCUUGGUCACAGCCGAUGGAUUGUCUCUGCCCGAUGGUUCGGGUUAUGAAAAAGUUGAAGCGUCUUUGCCCGACUCUCAAAACUUGGAAUAAAGACACGUUUGGGAAUUACAAUGUUACCCUCGCUGAGCUUCAGCAGGAUCUGAGCUCUCUCCGGGAGAAUAUUGAUGAACAAGGGUAUACAGAUGAUCUGUUUGACCAAGAGGUCAACUUGCAAGCUCGCAUUGGCUCGGUUCUCUUGCGUAAGUCUGAGCAUCUGCGGCAGCAAAGCAGAGUUUCUUGGCUUUCUGAUGGAGAUAGGAACACUCGCUUCUUCCACUCUAUGGUUAAAUGGCGUCGUUCCAAUCAAAAUAAUAAGCAGCUUAAUAUUGAUGGGGUUAUCUCGGAAGACCAGACUGUCAUGGCGGCCCAUGUGAUACAUUUUUAUGAGGAUCUCUUUUCUGAGCCGAACUCUGAACCGGUGGAUAGAUCUUGGAUUUCUGGAUACAUUCCGGCUUCUGUCUCCUCAGCCCAGGCUACUAUGCUCACAGCCCCUCCUUCUGAUGAGGAUAUUCGUUUGGCAGUUUUCUCCAUGGAUAGGAAUAGUGCACCUGACUUCCGGCCUAUUGUGUUGGGUAAUUUCUUUUUCAAAGUCAUCACCAAGAUUCUGGCUUCUAGGUUGAAUGCGGUGGCAGCGGCUAUUGUCUCGGCCAAUCAGUUUGGGUUUAUCUCUGGGCGUUCUAUUCAAGAAUGUAUUUUGCUGGCCUCUGAAGGUGUGAAUUGCAUGGAACGCUCGAUUCAAGGGAGGAACAUGGCUCUUAAGGUGGAUAUUAGAAAAGCUUUCGAUACUCUGAGUUGGGAUUUUGUGGAGGUUGUUCUGGAUUGCUUUGGUUUCCCUCAGACUUUCCGUCACUGGAUCAGAGUUAUUUUUCAAUCUGCCAGGAUUUCGAUUCUCUUUAAUGGAGAGCAGCAUGGUUUCUUUGGGUGUUCUCGAGGUGUUCGACAGGGCGAUCCUUUGUCACCGGUUCUGUUUGGUCUGGCGGAGGAGGUUUUGAGUCGGCUCCUUUCGGAUGCUGCUGAUAGGGGCUUCAUUGCUCGUAUGAGGAUGUCUCGCUCUUUGCUUUUCCCUUCUCAUCUCCUGUAUGCUGAUGAUGUCCUUCUAUUUUGCAAAGCUACGUGGCGCAGCUGCAGAAUGAUUGAGUCGAUCCUUCAGAUAUAUGCUUCUGUUUCUGGACAGUUCUGCAAUAAGGCAAAGUCCAAAGUUUACUUUGGCAAAGGUGUUUCUGUUCAGACGAGACGUAGACUGCAGCGGGAUCUGGGUUUCUCCACUGGCUCCCUGCCUUUUGUUUAUUUGGGAGUUUCCAUUUUUGCUGGUCGUGCUACUGCUGCCCGUCUUAUCAGCAUUCGUGACCGCAUCAUUGCUCAUUUUCCUAGAUGGCAGGGCAUGCAGUUAUCUAUGGCGGGCCGUCUUUGCCUCGUCACUUCUGUCAUUCAGAGUGCGGCUGUUCACAUCAUGCUGAUUUAUAGGUGGCCGACUAAGUUACUUCAUGAUCUAGAUAGGGCUUGUCGGUCUUUUAUUUGGACUGGCUGCACUACUUCUAGGCCUAAGUCUUCAGUGGAUUGGAAUCGGUCAGAGUUUCUUGAUGAGGUUAGGCUGGCUGUUGAAUACUGCAGAUUCGAUGGGCUUUCAGUUGUUUCGUCAGCGUUAUCUGGAUGCGUACCUGAGACCGCGUUCCCCUUGGUUCUCCUCUACGAUCUGUUAGGGUAUCGGCUGGUUGAUAGGAUCGGUAUUCCGAAUACUAUGCAUCACACUCUCAUGCAGCCAGUCUCGGAUUACUACUUUGACGAUACUUGGCAUUUUACUCUGGAUUUCUUGCAGAUUUUUUCGGACAUUGCGUUCGAUAUUGUCUCGGUUCCUAUUGGUGGGGGAGAAGAUCGACGAGCGUGGACCCAUUCUCAUUUUGGUGAGGUCUCCGCUUCGCUUGCUAUGGAUCAUAUCCGUCCCCAUUUUCCGAUUGUUGAUUGGGAUCUGGGGCUCCCUUUUCAGUUGGUUCAGGGUGGAUGGACCGAUGAUUCACGACAUUGGGAGUCUACUUCUUUGGGCGAUGAAGGUGCAGACUAG